CGGCCACAUCCUUGUCUCAGCCAGGCUACAGGGCAGUGAGGGUAGCCUCUGGGCCAGCGGCAAGGAACGAGCCGCCCUGCCCGCCAGGCACCCUCGCAGGACACCCCGGUGACAGCAGCCCCAGGGCGAUCAGCCGUCCCAGAUCUGCUGAGACUGACAGGGCCUGCGAGACCUUUGAGGACCACCGCCAGAAAGAGGGACCAGCAUCUUCAUACUCUCUCUGGUGCGGCCUUGCCUAGGACUCAGGAUCCACGAGCUAGCCGGCAGACACCCACCCCUGCUUCACACUCUGUAAGUCCCUAGGAAUUCCCAGGAGCCCCCUGGGAGGGAGGUUACAGAAGGCUGGACACUGUGCAGCCCUGUGGGCAGGGCCUGGGGCAUCUUUGGCCGAGGUGGACAAACUAGGCCCCGUGAGGCCUCUCUCUUUGCCUUGGGAAGGGGUCGUGGCGUCCUGGAUAACGUUUUGGAUUCCCGAGACAGCUCAGGUGUGCGCCAUCGGGCAUACUGCUGGCUCAGAGAGCUGGGUAAGAUGCUUUUCGGCGUCAAGGACAUUGCAUUGUUGGAGCAUGGGUGCAAGGCUUUUGAGGUGGACAGUUACAAGUCUCUGAUGAUCCUGGGUAUCCCGGAAAACUGCAACCGUGAGGAAUUCGAAGAGAUCAUACAGGCCUCCCUAAAACCUCUGGGUAAGUUCAAAGUGGCUGGGAAGGCCUUUGUGGAAGAAGAGAGCUCCAAGGCCGUCAUCGUUAGGCUGGCAGAGGACAUCAAUUAUGCCGUGAUCUCCAGGGAGAUCAAGGGCAAGGGCGGCAUGUGGAGAGUGGUCUACAUGCCCCGGAAGCAGGAUAUUGAAUUCCUGACCAAGCUGAACCUCUUCCUGCAGAGCCAGGGCAGGACGGCGGAAGAUGUGGCCCGGGUCCUAAGGCAGGAACUGUGCCCGACAGUGACGGGCCCCAGAGAACUUCCUGCCAGAAACUGCUAUGAGCCUGGGCCAGGGGAGAAACCGGGGCCUGGGGCCACUGCUGCAGUGGACAGGGUGCCACCUGUGGACUCCACGAAGGAGAGCAAGGCGGGAGAUGGCAAGAAAGGCAAGCGGAAGCACAAGAAAAACCGUCGACGACACCAUGCAUCUGACAGGAAGCUGUGAGAGCACAGGCUCCGGACGCGCAGGCUCAGCGGCCAUGGCUCACGGGCCCAGCCGCUCCGCGGCAUGUGGGAUCUUCCCGGACCGGGGCACGAACCCAUGUCCCCUGCAUCGGCAGGCGGACUCUCAACCACUGCGCCACCAGGGAAGCCCGGCAGGUGGAUUCUUAACCACUGCGCCACCAGGGAAGCCCUGCAUUGUUUUUAAAAGGGGUGUUAUCAGAUCUUAUGGCCAAGAGAACACAAAACACACAGCUUUCUUCUAUCUCACUGGCUUCCAGUGGCUGAUGGGAAAAGUGAAACAAUUUAUCUGGAAUAAAAACAAUAACAGCUAUCCUGUGUUCCAGGCACUGUGCAGAGUCCUUCAUAUUCACUAAUUCAUUGUAUCUUCCCAUCCCUUGGGGUAUGGGACUAUAGGUCCACAACCCUUGAUUCAAAAUCCUCGGGCCAGGUGUAGUUCAGAAUUCAGAGUAUUGGGUUUUAGAAAAGUGAUACAGAGACUAUGUCUUAUAUUGUGUAAUUCAGCCCCAGGGGGGAUUUGGGCAGUUCCUAUAAUCAUAUCCGUUAGUAUUCUAAUAGUAGAGAAAUACUGACAUUAAGUGAAAUAAAUUAAAACUGUAAAUAGCCUCCUGUCAGUCUAGAUUUUGCUUCCAAUUUUUUUUCAUUUUUUGGAUACAUUUUUUGGUGCAAAGCUUUCAGAGCUUUUUGGAUUUCAGAAGAGGAGCUAAGUGAUUAUGAACUAUCAUUUUAUCGUGACCAUCUUCUCAUUCUAUGGCUGAAGAAAGCGAUGCUCAGAAAGGUUAAGUGACUUGCCUAAGGCCACACAGGAAAGCUCCAAAGAAAUUGAAGCCCAGGUCUUUCUGACUACAGUCUGUGCCCUAACACAGAUCCCAAGAAAAGGGGACAGGUCACACCACAGCGGCGGGGUGGGGGGGGGCACACGAGGAAGCUCCAGGAUUGGUCAGGAGGCAGAGGGAGAGGGAGAGGGGGAACCGUGGACAAGAACUUUAUUAUGGUUUCUUCAGGGAAGGAAUGGGUGAGGCAGGGAAGGCAGGCUCAGAAUUGGCUAGUCUGAAAAAUUUCAGCAGGCUCUGGGGUAAAGGGGCUGUCCCUAGGUGUCUGGGACCUGGCCCCGGAGCCAAUAGGGUAGGUGGAUGGUGGCCCAGAGUGUGAGGGCUUAAUAAAGAAGGUAGCUGGGGGCAUGGGCUCUGGAUUGGUUGGUUCGUUUGCAUUUGAAGAACACGUUCAAGGACAAGCAUUGUUCCCUUUCUCUAGGAAUUGCCUAACCCUGGGAAGGGCAGCCCCUCAAGGGUCAGCAAGUCCCCAGAUGUCAAAGCAUCAGAGUACAGAAAAUAAAAGACAUGGUUAAUACAGUGAUAAACAUACAACAUGGAUAACUAUCUCUGUAAGUUCAUAGUGGAACUAAAUUCCUCUAAUCUGCUUGCUCAUUAGGCAACCUGCCAGUUAAGGCAGCAGAAGCCUCUGUCUGGUGUAUGGAGGUUGGAGGUGAGGAAUAGUGUUGGACGGAUGGCCUGGGUACGAGUCCGGUCUCUUCCACUUCCCAGAGCGUGAGCCUGGGCAAACCUCUUAUCCCCCUGUGCCUUGGGUUGCUUAUCUGUAAAAUGGGGCUAGUAGUGACCUAUUUCACCAGGUUUGGGGGAGGAGUAAAUCUGUCCAGACAUAUAAAGGACUUAGCACAGUGGCUGAGAGGGGGAAGCUGUUAAGUGUUGGCCGUUGGGAUCCUGGAUCCAGUGACAGUUGCGUUUUGCGUGGACAAAGAACACAGUCUGGUUUUAGAGCUCAGAUUCCUGAACUUGAUAAAAGCGUACCCAGCUCCCACAGCAGACUACGUGUUCUCUGUGUGCUGACAAAAGGCUGCUUCAGAAUGGGAUGCCGAAAGGCAGACUGGUGAAUCUACCAAGGUCAUGACCUUCGGAAGACAGUACCCACAGUUCCCUGGCAUCAACAGGCCACACAAUGGAAGGAGUGUCAAAGGAUUUGGAGCUACACAGUCCUGGGCUCAAUUCUUGAUUCUGCUACCUGUUUAGCCGUGUGUCUUCAGGGAGCCGACUUCACCUCUCUGGGCCUUAGUUUCUCUAUCUGUAAAGUGGGGCUAAUGCUACCCAUGCUGCAGAUUCUUUGCAACAGAGAGAGGAUACAGCUUGCAGUGAAAAACGUAGGCUCUGAAAUAUUCAUAGGAGCUUUAGUCAUAAAGCUGCUAGAACCCAGAUCUCCACUGAGAAGCGAAUGGAUAAAUCGUGGAGUAUUCACUCAAUAAAUGAUGACAUAGCAACUAAAAGGAAUGAUCUACAGAUACAGCAACACAGAUGAAUUCCCAAAUCAUGAUGUUGAGUGAAAGAAGCCAAACAAAAAGGACACAUUGUAUGAUUCUUUUGAUAUAAAACUCUAAAAGAAGCAACACUUACAGGACAGAAAUCAGAUCAGUGGUUGGGGGUAGGCAGAGGUGACGGCCAUAAACGGUACAAGGGGAGUUUUGGGGCUGAUGGAAGGAUUCUAUAUCUUGACGGUGGUGAUGGUCACUCUAAAACUUACCACAAUGGACAUUUAAAAAGGUUACGUUGUAUAAGAUAUAAAGUAUACUUUCAACAAAACUGACUUAAUGAAAUAAAGAGUGGGGCGGUCUGGAGGUGGGCUGCCUGGGUAAAGUACUUCAUUUUUGUGCCUCAAUUUCCUCAUCUGUGAAAUGGGUUGAUAGUAAUCGUACCUAUUGCUGAGUGUGAUCAUGAAGACUCAAAAAGAUGCUAUCUGAAGAUCAAGUGCUCAGUAAGGGGGAGGCGAUUUUACAGGAAAGUUCAGUGUGAGAUAUGUGAAUGCCAAAAGUUUCAUAGACUCCUGAGAGAAGGGAGGUCUAACCAUUGGAACGCCCUCGUGUGAGGCUGGCGAUGAGGGGCAGGCAGCAGACAGAAGCUCUGCAGGCUGGGGUGGGGGGCAUUUUAAAACAUUUCCAAGGUUCCCAUCACCCAAAACUGACUCCUGGGGAUCAGGACACUGCACAAGAAUUCUUUCACUUCAGGAAUAAUUAUUCUUGAGAGACAAGGUCAAGGAAUAAAACUCGAAUGCUUUAAUUUGGAGUUUUCUUCAGUCCUGCCAGAGAGAAGUCCAACAUCAAGGUGUUGGCAAGGCUGAGCUCCCUCCAGAGGCUCUAGGGAAGACUUCCUUGCCUCUUCCAGCUUCUGAUGACUCCAGGUGUUCCUGGGCUUGUGGCCCCAUCACUCCCGUCUCUGUCACCAUCGUCACCUCCUCUGAUUCUGUACCUCUUUUCUGUGUCUCUGUCAUCUGCUUCCUCUGCUUCUCUCUUAUAAGGACAUUCCUGAUGGUAGUUUUUGGGUCCACCCAGAUAAUCCAUGGCAAUCUCAUCUCACAUCUUUACUUACAUCUGCAAAGACCCUUUUUCCAGAUAAAGCACCAUUUUCCAAUUCCAGGGAUGAGGACCUGAAAUCUUUGGGUAGAUAUUAUUCAACCUGAGAGCCCCCCGCACCCUUUAAAGGGCUCCUCUAUGUUGCUAAAAUUGGACAAACCGUAAUUUCCGAUCUGGUUCUUCGCUGCUGCUAUUGUGGUACUUCCAGUUGGUCAAGCUCCUCUAGGGACAUUCAGUUCCUCACCUACUUCUGUCCAUCCUUACCAGCCAUCACCUCUGUCAGAGUCAUUUGGGAAGAUUUUUAAAUGUAGUACCCCACCCCCACCCUAAGACAUUCUGAUCCAGUAGGUUGGACUCAGGAAACUGGGAUUUCUAAAACUCUUCCCAGUGAUUCUAAUGUGCAACCAGAUUUGAGAAUCACUGCUUUAGAGAAAUGUGCCACAUGAAUGAAUGAACGAUUCUUUAAAUAUACGGCUGCUCUAACUACCAGCUUUGCUUCCAUACUCACCAGAAGCCUUCAGA